UGGGUCCCUGCCCUGCGCGCCGUUGCUGUGGCAGCGCAGGACGCGGCCAGAGCUGGGCCGCGGCGCCCUACAUCUCCUCCUCCAAAGGCCUCCCCGGCCCCCUGGCUCGGGCCCAGCCUGCCGCUCCGCCAUGCCAUGGAGGAGGCGCAGGAGCCGGGUGAGUGCCCUGGAGGGCGGCCAGGAGGAAGAGGCGCCCCCGGAGGCUGCCGCUGUGCCUUCCGCGCCGUUAACGUCCCCGCAGCAGACGGAGGCGGCAGCGGAGCGGAUUCUGCUCCGGGGCAUCUUCGAGAUCGGGAGGGGCAGCUGUGACGUGGUGCUGAGCGAGCGAGCCCUGCGGUGGCGGCCCAUUCUGCCCGAGCGCCCGGCGGGUGAUUCUAAGCAUGACUGGCUAUGUAAAGAAGAAUUUAUUGAACUCAAAGACGUAUUCUCUGUGAAACUGAAACGGCGUUGUUCUGUUAAACAGCAGAGAAGUGGUACUUUAUUAGGUAUCACACUCUUCAUUUGCUUGAAAAAGGAACAAAAUAAAUUAAAGAAUUCUACACUUGAUCUUAUUAAUUUAAGUGAAGACCACUGUGACAUAUGGUUUAGACAGUUCAAGAAAAUAUUGGCAGGUUUUCCAAACAGACCGAAGUCAUUAAAAAUAUUCCUUAACCCCCAGAGUCACAAAAAAGAAGCUACCCAGGUUUAUUAUGAGAAGGUUGAACCUCUGUUGAAGAUUGCAGGAAUAAAAACUGAUGUAACAAUAAUGGAAUAUCAAGGGCACGCUCUGUCACUGCUCAAGGAAUGCGAACUCCAGGGAUUUGAUGGUGGGCAUUGGAAACCAUUGUUUGCAAUAUAUUGGAGUGUACAGAGAUUCUUCACUGGCAUGCAAACAUUAGAACCAAGUGUUGUCUGUGUUGGUGGAGAUGGAUCUGCUAGUGAAGUGGCCCAUGCUUUGCUUCUGAGAGCCCAGAAGAGUGCUGGGAUGGAAACAGACCGAAUCCUGACACCUGUCAGAGCACAGCUUCCACUUGGCUUAAUACCAGCAGGAUCUACCAAUGUAUUGGCACAUUCUCUUCAUGGAGUUCCUCAUGUGGUAACUGCAGCAUUGCACAUUAUAAUGGGGCAUGUACAGCUGGUCGAUGUCUGCACCUUCAGCUCCACUGGAAAGCUUCUUCGCUUUGGGUUCUCAGCCAUGUUUGGCUUUGGCGGAAGAGCUUUGGCUCUGGCAGAAAAAUAUCGAUGGAUGUCCCCUAACCAAAGGAGAGAUUUUGCUGUCAUUAAGGCACUGGCAAAACUUAAGCCAGAAGACUGUGAAAUAUCAUUUUUACCAUUUAACACCUCUGAUGAUGUGCAAGAAAGGAGGGAACAGGGAUCUCCCAAAUCUGACUGUAAUGAUCAGUGGCAAAUGAUCCAGGGUCAGUUCUUGAAUGUCAGCAUUAUGGCAAUUCCUUGCCUGUGUUCAGUGGCACCUAGAGGCUUCGCACCGAAUACCAGGUUAAAUAAUGGAAGUAUGGCUCUUAUAAUUGCCCGAAACACUUCUCGGUCAGAAUUUAUAAAACACCUGAAAAGAUAUGCCAGUGUAAAAAAUCAGUUUAAUUUUCCAUUUGUUGAGACUUACACUGUUGAGGAAGUAAAAGUUCAUCCAAGAAACAAUACCAGUGGAUAUAAUCCAGAGGAGGAGGAUGAAACUGCUUCAGAAAAUGGGUUCCCUUGGAAUGUAGAUGGCGAUUUAAUGGAAGUUUCAUCAGAGGUCCAUAUUAGAUUGCAUCCAAGACUUAUCAGUCUUUAUGGAGGAAGCAUGGAAGAAGUAAAUGAUUCCAAAGUCACCUGUAAUUGUUUCUAAAGGUAAUGUGCAAACUAGAAGUUUAAUAUCAAGAAAUAUGGCCAUUCUUUAAACCUGUGGUCCUCACCCUUUUUGAUACCAGGGAAUGGUUUCAGUAUGAAACUGUUCCACCUCAGAUCAUCAGGCAUUAAAUUCCUAUAAGGAAUAUGGCACCCUAGAUCCCUCACAAACCAGUUCACAAUAGUAUUCACACACCUAUGAGAAUCUAAUGCUGCUGCUGCUCUGACAGGAGGUGGAACUCAGGCAGUAAUACUCAACUGCUCCAACCUCUUGCUGUGUGGCCAGUUGGAGAUCCCUGCUUUAAACAGAUAUCCUAAUAGCAAUUGCUAUUUUUGAUGUUACUAACAAUUAGUCUCUACGGUUUUAAAAGUCAAGAUGAAAUAUCAAUUCCAAUUUUGGUUUUUAUAAUGUUUAUUGGAUGCACAAAAAAACUUAGGCAACAUCAUGAUAUAUCAAUUUAAAUGAAAUAAUUUGGAUACUUUCAUUUUUCAGGAUUUGAGCCCAUUAAUUGUCUGCCCUGAUUUUACUGAUUCCUAAUCCAGAGCAGUUAAAUUUCAAAAUCACAGUCAUAUAUAGACUACCUGC